AUGGACGCUGCAGCUGCGGCGUGUUGGGCCGUCUACCUCGACGACAGGGUCGACUGCGAGCGCUGGAUAGACAGAGACGGCGAGCAGCUGCACGAGUCCGCUGAGCUCGCGGCCAACCUCGCUCGCAUCCUCGCCAUCUGCAGACAGGGUAAUACUCCCUACUCCUCCUCCUGCUACUCCUGCUACUCUUUACUUCUAAUACUAACUGGAACAGUGUAUGUGUGCAACUCGGGCAAGUCGUUCGCUACCAAGAUCGCCGAGCUGACGGAUGCCGGCCGCGAAGAGGGCGACCCAGACGCUGCCAUCGUCCCCGUCCUCGCCUUCAUUGAUAUCGCUGUCUCAGGGGACGCAGAGUCCUCGCACGUCCGCCGCUCUUCCCUCAACCUCACGCCGCUCUCCUCGCCUCCAUCCCAGCCUCAACCGCCUCACCAGCACCAGCACCAGCACCAGCAUCUCCCUCAGCAGGCCCAGGGACAGCCUUCCGCGGUCUCGCCAUCAACCUCCAGGCGCAGUCUUGCAUUCUCCUCCGAGUCCGAAGAGCUGUUCGGACUCCACCUGCUCUCGCGCUUCUCCGCAGAUAUUCAGGCCCGCGAGACACCUCAUGCCAUCAUCCCAAUCGCCAUCCUACGGAACGUCCGGCCCCAACCCUCGCCCUUUUCUUCCUCCGCACACGUCCUGCGCAGCGGCAAGAAUGUCGAGCCUGCGACAAAGCCAAGCUCCCGCCGUCCGGACGACCGCCAGAUAAGCCGCUGUCUCGACGCAGGCGCCAUUGACGUCCUUGUCUCGCCCAUAGACCAGUCUAGGGUCCAGGGCCUGCUCAUCCAUGCCUACCGCAUCCGCAGGGCUGCGCAGAAGGAGAACAGUCGCUUCAUGGCUGCCUCCGGUCAAAAGAUUCGCAAGUACUCCUGGGUCGGCGUCAGCUCGACCGCAGAGGAUGAAAGACCCUAUGCUUAUCUCAGAGAGGCCAUGGUCUCCAAAUUGAUGAAGAGGAUAUGUAAUCCUGAAGAAGCCCUCGACGACUCCUUGAUCAGUGACGUCUGCGUCUCAGACGAACGCAAGGAGGAAGUCAAGGCUGCCAUUGCUGAAUGGCAUUUCUGUGCUCACGACUUUACCGAUGAUGAACUUUGCUAUGCUUCCUGUUUGAUGUUUGAACAUACCCUUACCGUACCCGACCUCGAACACUGGCGCAUCUCUUCCGGCGCCAUCCCGCCUUUCCCCCUCGGAAGCGAACCUCGGUCCUCAUGCGCGGGCAUGUCAUGUCUCGUCACCCCAUUUGACGCUCUCGCACUCCUUGUCAUUGCUCUGGGCCAUGAUGUAGGCCAUCCGGGUGUCAACAACAUGUUCCUCGUCAAGCUCAAUGCUCCCCUUGCCCAGCUCUACAACGACAGAUCUGUCCUCGAGGCCUUUCACUGCGCUGCUUACUCCCAGAUACUCCGCCGGCACUGGCCCGCUGUCUUUCAAGAUACAGAGAUGCGCACACUUAUGAUUAGCUCUAUCCUCGCUACCGAUAUGGGCAUCCACAAUCACUUCAUUGAUGAGCUUGGUAAGCUCAGGGGUAGGUAUGCAGCUGACGGCAGAAAGGUGGAUUCCUGGAUCGAGAAAGACAUCAGAGACUAUCGAGUUCUACUGUGCGCCCUCAUCAUCAAAUGCGCCGACAUCAGCAACGUCGCACGCCCGUUCAAGGUUGCAGAACAGUGGACCGACGUCCUGCAGCUAGAGUUUGCUAACCAAGGAGAAAUGGAAGUAAACAUCGGUAUAGCAACCUCUCUCUUCGGUGGUCCGCCAGAGCUAGGCAACUUUAUCAAAAAGGCAAAGGGACAGGUUGGGUUCAUGGACAUAUUCGGCCUCCCUCUCUUCGACGGAGUAACCGACAUCCUCCCUGACCUUGCCUUUGCCGCCAACACCAUACGAAGCAACAGAUUCAUCUGGGCUAAGCUUAUGGAGCAUGAAGAAGUCCUGGCCGAACACCGCGCUCGCAAUUGCAGCACUCCGCGUUGUCAAGGUACCGACCCGUCCUGGGAGGAAUGCAGAAAGCGUCUGAUAGAAGAGGGCCCGGCGUCCAUGGGAUACACCAUCCAGCACCGUUCGCCGCCCCAUUCACCCAUUCGAUCCCCGCCUCAGCUGGACGGAGAAGCAGAUACCACCAACAUCCAGGCAACAACAACAACAACUGCUAUUACUACUCCCGCCGCUGCUGGACCCACGACCAAUGUCCCCGUCAUCAUCAACGGUAUCCACCACGCCAAUCGUCAAUCGCAGCGAUCAGCAGGCCGGUCGUCGGUCCAGAACACUGCCCGCACAAUCGACUCUGGCAGCGGCUGUAGCGGUAGUGGCGGUGGAGUACGCACCCAAAGCACAAGCACCUACACAAACAAUACACUAAUCACUCCGCUUUCUUCAACCACUCAGGCAAGCAGCGUCAUAAGCGCCGGAAGCAGCUUCGAGGAAAAAGAUGGUACCUGUCAGUUACACCAGCGCAUCAGCCUAAAUCCAAAUGCCAUGCACCAUCAUCAUGUUCGUCGUUGUGAUCAGGCAAAGCCGGACGAUGUCGCCCUUGCCGGUGCUGCCAGCACUACCACCGCCAGCAGCUACACGUCCAGCAUUGCCCAGAACGAGAACGAAGACGAGCAUGAUCAUGAUGGCGGCCACCAGAAUAUGUAUGCUGACGAGAACCUGCCGUCUCCAGUCAACGCUUUACCCUCUACCACUGAUGGAACAAGCAGCCAUCAGCACCCGCAGAGCCAGUCGCAGACGCAGACAUGGUAUGAGCGAGCCACCAAUAGCAAGGCCGGCGAGAGGCGAUCUAAGUUCAUCACCGGGCUGUUCGAGAAGGCCAGCUCCAACAAUAAUAAUAACCCUGCUGCCACCACCAACAGCACCAAAGGCAACCACCCAGCUGGCCUGACAUACUCAAAAUCCGCCCAGUCAACACCCACAGUACAUAACAACAGUCAUAACCACCAUCACAACCAACACACUCGCGGACGACGUGGCGGCCCAACAAGCCACCCUCGCUCAACCCCUUCCAGUCCCCCCUUGCCCCCAUCCACACUCCCAUUCGACUCCGACGACGGUAAUAAUGACCCUCUUUCCUCCCUAUCACCUAACCAUGCAACGAUGCCGCUCCCCCGACGCCGCUCCCGGCUACGUCUAGCCUUCUGGCGGCGGUCGAAACACCAUGGCCAGGGGCCCGGUCACCCCCAUUCUCCGCCGCAAUCUGACUCGGCGCCGUCAACAACGGCAUCAGCAUCAAGCAUGAUGAGCGCUUCUGACCAUUAUUAA